CAUGCCUCUGCCUAUAACCAAGAUGGUUCAUAAUUGUACUUGGAAACUGAAGCACCUAACUGCGGUCGCACAGUGCACACCGCUAAGACGCCUCUCCUUACGAACGACUCCCAACGUCAAUUCCACCCCUCUGGUCAUCGAGAAAUCGCCGAAAUUUGCCUUCAACCCUAGCCAGGCUUUUGACAUUAACCUCGGCGAUGCAAUACUCCAAUAUCUUCCAGAUCCAGGGUCUGGCCGACAAGAACCGAACACAGCAAACAAAAAACAAAGAGAGAGUAAACGCUAUGACGUCCGAUUAUUCGCUAUGCGCUCUAAUUCGGAAAUAAAAAUGCAGGAAGGAUUCUCAUGCAGAACCGAAAUCCUUUCACGUUAUCGCGCUUAUUCCUUUUGAUCCAUGGUGCAUGUGGGAUGACAUGCGAGGCUUGGGACUAGGUAUUGCUAUGGACUUGGCUCUCAGAGCACUCGAUAUUGAAGAAACAAACGCUGUUGAGGCUGGAUUCUGGAACUCUGCUGUAUGCGAAAAGAGGUAAUCUUUAAAAUGCUGAUAUCUUAUUGCGAUUUCCGUUGUUGCGGAGGGUAUGGUGUGAGAUUCUGGGGUGUAAAAAUAAACG